AGAAAGCCGAGGCGCGCGCUCUACCAGCCCUCUUCCGCCGCGGCCGUGGGAAUGGACACAUCUGCCCACGUGCGGAAAGCCAGCCGGCCAUGACAACGAACACCACCACCACAACCGCAACCGUGGCACGCUCAGUCUCCUCCUUCACUGACCCUUAUCACUUCCCCUCUCGCAGCCAGCUUACAACGAUGGCCUCGGCCAGUCAAGGGCACUUUGAUGCUUACGAGGCACUGGAUCUUACAGAAUUUGCCAAAAACCAGCCUUGGUGGCGCAAGCUUUUCGGGCAGGAGAGUCGGUCUUCAGGUGAGAAGUACAGCGUGGCAACCCAGCUCCUUAUUGGUGGCGUCACUGGCUGGUGCACUGGCUUCAUAUUCCAGAAAGUAGGAAAGCUGGCUGCCACAGCAGUGGGAGGGGGCUUUUUUCUCCUCCAGCUUGCAAACCACACUGGCUACAUCAAGGUUGACUGGAGUCGAGUAGAGAAGGACAUGAAAAAGGCCAAAGAGCAGCUGACAAUUCGGAAGAGCGCCCAAAUACCAACUGAAGUCAAGAGCAAAGCUGAGGAGGUGGUGUGCUUUGUAAAGAAGAAUGUUUUAGUAACUGGAGGAUUUUUUGGAGGCUUUCUGCUCGGUAUGGCAUCCUAA